UGAAGCAAAAGCAGUAUUUUUAAAAAUGCCCAAAGCUGAUAUAGUAUCUUGGAAUAUUUUGCUUAAUGCGCAUGCCCAAAAUGGGCACUUUCAAGAGACAAGAAUGGUGUUUUACAAUAUGCCUGCAUGGGACAUUUGUUCCUUCAACACUAUGUUAGCUGCUUGCUGUAAAUUUGAUAAGCUUCAAGAUGCCAAGACUAUAUUUCAAGCAAUGCAAGAGCAAGACUUGAUUUCAUGGAACAUUAUUUUACAUAUGUACUCCAAACAACAAUGGUUUGAACUAGUAAAGAAAUUCUUUGAAACAAUGCCUUUGCACAAUGCAAUCUCAAUGACCAUUAUGCUUAUGACAUAUUCCCAAGCAGGAGAUGUAGAAGCUGCAAGAUUUGUACUGGAUUCAACUAAAGAACACAACCUUACUUUGUGGAAUGCAAUGCUCAUAGCAUAUAUACAAAAUGGGCAUCUCUCUGAAGCCACGAAAAUAUUUAGCAGCACUCUCAGGGAGAAAGACACCUCAUCAUCGAACACAAUGGUAACAGCCUAUGCCCAAAGUGGUCAUGUUGAUCAAGCUCAAAAGCUCUUUAAUGAAAUGCCAGUGCGAGACAUUGUAUCCUGGACUGCCAUGCUGUCAGCAUACGCUCAAGUAGGACGCCUUGAAGAAGCCCAAAGGAUAUUCCACUCCAUGCCCAAGCAUAAUUCAUUCACUUGGACCGCAAUGCUUGCUGCAUAUGCCCAGAAUGGGCAGAGCAUCAAAUGCAUAGAGUUUUUCCAUGAGAUGGGCAUUGUAGAGAGCCCCAAUGAUGUAUGUUUUACAUGUGUUCUUCAGAGUUGCAGCCAUACGGGAGAUAUGAGAAGGGGUUUGCCUUACUUUCUGUCAAUAACCCUUGACUAUGCCAUUGACUGCCCAAAGAAACAGCACUUUAGCUGCAUGAUUGACCUCCUUGCACGAGGUGGGUAUCUGGAGGAUGCCAAGGAUCUCUUGAGUUUUAUGCCUUUUGCUCCUUUGGCCUCAGACUGGAGGUGCUUGUUAAAAAGGCCGGACGUCUCCUUCCAGCAAUGAAAUCAUUUGCAUUGAAUAAAGAUAUGGAUCGAAAUUCACGGAUCCAACUUGUUCGCUCA